UGCAGCCCAACCGGUCUCUUACGACAGAUUAUACGUGAGUGACGUGAAGGAACUCGGAACCCUCGACCGCACGCAUACUACAAUCACCAACCCCAUCAUGUCCCAAGAGGCCACCAUGAUUGCGGUAGACGAUAGUGAUUACAUGAGAAAUGGGGAUUUCCUUCCCACCCGUUUGCAAGCGCAAAGCGAUGCCGUGAGCCUUGUUUGCCAAAGCAAAAGGCAAAGGAAUCCCGAAAACACAAUUGGACUUAUUGCUUUGGCUAAGAGGGAGAUACUAUGCACUCUAACCAGUGAUUCUAGCAAAAUCUAUAACCGUCUUCACACCGUUGAACCCAAGGGGAAUAUUAGCUUUUGUACCGCUAUUCGGAUAGCUCAUUUGGCACUUCGUCACCGACAGUUACGACAUCAGAAAAUGCGCAUCGUGUGUUUUGUUGGUAGUCCCGUUACAGAUGAGGACAAAUCAUUGACAGAAUUGGCGAAGCACUUAAAGAAAGAGAAAGUUAGCGUUGAUGUCAUCAUCUUCGGCGAAAAUGACGUUAAUAAGCAGAAGCUGUCGGAUUUUAUCGACGUGCUGAACGGUAAAAGCGGUGGAUCAUCUCACUUGGUAUCGGUUCCGCCAGGAGCCAUUUUACACGAUUCACUUGUAACAAGUCCUAUCAUAGCCGGAGAAUUCGGAGGGACUCUGGCGAACUCUAGCCUUGGACUCGGCUUCGGUCUAGAUGCCAGUGAAGAUCCUGAUCUACUUUACGCCUUAAGAGUAUCAAUGGAAGACCAGCGUAUGCGUCAAGAGCAAGAAGUUAAUGCCGGUGCCGCUGGGAUCACAGAUGCAGCGACCACACUUCCUGCUGCUUCUGGGACCUCUGAGGAAGCUAUGUUACAACAGGCAUUGGCUAUGUCUUUGAAUUCGGGUGCUCGUCCCGCCGGAUCGUCUCUACCAAUGGACAUCGAUUUGGCGAAUAUGACAGAGGAAGAGCAAAUCGCAUACGCGCUUGAGAUGUCUCUGCAACAACCCGGUGAACCAGGGGCAGCCUCCUCCACUCCUGAGAAGCCGAAAGUCGACGAUACAGUGGCCGCCAUGGAGGUGGACACUUCCAGCCCCAGUGGCCUGAGUGAGCCGAAGGCAGGAACGUCCGUCGACCCAUCGAAGUCGGUGAACCCGAGCUCCGAUUUGGAUGUGAUUCAUGAUGCCGACUUUUUACACUCCGUGUUACGCAAUCUCCCAGGAGUGGAUACUAGAAAUGAAGAGGUUCGCAAGGCAAUAAACGACCUCUCGAAUCCUCGUAGAGCCGCGGCGGACAAAGACGAGGCGAAGAAGGAUGAUAAAAAGAAGGCGAAAAAAGAGGACCCCGAAGCAGAUGGAUCGGCAUAGAGCCCAACUCGGAUCGUUUCUUUGCAUAAUCUCACGGAUGCUCCCACAUCCAUUAUAGUUUUCGUUUCGCCAGGUUAACCAUUCUUCAUCCAAGGUGACACGACUUCCGUUCCUCUUUGUCUGCGCUUAUAUUUGUCUUUCACGCCGUCAUAAUGUACCAUCAUCCACCUA